AUGAAGCUCGUCGCUCUCUCUACUCUUCUUCUGUUGACAUCCUUGUUCGCAGUAUCCCUUUCACACUGGAACCCACCCAUUCUAUCAAGAAGGCGACUCCUCCCACGAGACUACAGGAGCCCAAAGAACCUCGAUAGAGAGCGGAAUAAUAUCGAUAGACUCAACUGGAGCCCUCCUGAAGAUCCCGACGCUAUCCCGCACUUUGUUAUGCCUCCGUCUAAACAGGAUGUUGGGGGUGGUGUCCGCGUAUCAGAUAUCCUAGGGAAGACUCGAGAAGUCAACGUGUUCGCUUCCAUGACGCGAGAUGAUGAGAACGUCUCCAACCGUUUGGAGAAUGAUAGCAAGGAUACCAUAGUCCUGGCCCCUAAUAAUGUUGCUAUCCAGGGUCUCUCUCAUAAGCCGUGGGAAAACCCUAGUGAAUAUGCAACCUUUGGGGUACAAGAGGCGUAUGAGGGCGAGUCAGGGAAGAAACGAGCAAACAAAAAUUUGGAGAAAUUUGUUGCGGCACAUUUGAUACCCCAAGGAUCGUGGGAAGCUGGGAAAGAAGUUCAAACUCUGGGAGGAGGGAAGAUAUUCUGGGAAGAGAAGGACGGGAAGAAAUAUGUCUCCAACGGUGAAGUUUGGGUUAUCAACGGAGUUAUCAACUACCUGUAA